AUGAUUACUUUGGAAAAAAUAGAAAACCAAGUAAAUCUUGCGCUUGUAAAAUUAAAUGAGGUAGAAACUCAAUUGAAACAGUUCGAAGAGGGGUGGAAAUAUGGUAAGAUAUGGGAGUUGGAGAAUAAGUUAAAUGAUGGAAAAGAGAGGAACGAAGAGCAAAAGAAAAGGUGGGAAAGAUGGAUAGUCAAGUUGGAGAAGGAAAAGGAAAGGUUGGAAAAAAAGGAGACAGAUUGGAUGAACCAGGUCAUAUAUUUACAGAAUAAAUUAGUGAAUUUCGAGAAUUUUCUGGGUGAAUGUGAAAUUUCAUUUAGAAAAGUAAUUGGAGGUAAAUUGGAAUACGCGUUGAAGCAAAGAACUAUUUUUGCAGUGAUACAUAUAUUAAAAUUGUUAAUUGUAAAGUUUAGUUUGCCUAUAAUCAAUAGUAUUGAUAGAUCUAUGGGUAUGAGAACUUUAACUGUAAUUGGAAAAUGGUGA